CAAACCCAGCAUGCUACAGUGUGAUGCCAAUUCCUGUAAAUACCUAUGUUGGGAUCAAAAGGCAAACUUGAAUGUAGGUCAGAGUAAGAAAAUAAAAGCUACUCUGAGUAUCUGCAUCUCAGUGCAGAGUGUUCGUGCUGUGUGUGACUGUGGAGCAGACCCAAGGCCGCUGGCUGCAAGCCCAAGGGGACCGUUAGAGCUGUCAUUGCUACGAAGUCUCCUGGCUUGAAUCCAGCUCUCCCCAGCAUUGAUGGUAAAGUAACAUCGUAACAUUACCUGCUACUGAAAGACUCCUCCGCUCGGGCUUCUUCAUCAUGUCUGAAAACAAUGUAUCACCGGGACCCUCAGGUCCUGGCCCCCCUGUGUCUUCCAAACACUCCCCACUUUCCUCCUCGGCUUCCUGGAACGGAGAGGAUAGUGAAGAACAAGAAGAGGAGAGUUCACUGGAGGAAUCUCUGUCUAGUGAGGAUUAUGAAUCUGAGGAGUUUGCGCAUGAUGAAUUGUUUCAAUGGGAUGAGGAGUCUACGGAGGGCAACAAAUCUCUGGAAGAGGAGUACCUGGAGGAGGAGGAUUAUCUGGAUGAGAAAACAUUUUUGCAGCAUGAAACAUAUCUGUUUAAAGAAGCAUUUAUGGAGGAGAACACGUAUCUAAAAGAAAGGAAGCUUCAGACGCCCCUGGAAGAGGAACUCAAGGAAGUUGGCACAGCAGCGGUCCAAUCCAGUCUUAAUGCAAGGAACCCAGUUCCCAGUCCUAUUCAAGUAUUCAAUAUCCUGACUACCACUCCCCCAAGCUCUGACCAUGACCUGAAGUUUGCCACGUCCUCUUACUACAGUUUGGUAGUCCCUGCCGCCCUAAGAGACCAGAGCAGUCAGACGGAAUGGCCCUACUUUGGGAGAAGGCCCUUAAUAUCAAAAACAAUUCUAGACCAAGACUCUUCCGCCGCGUUAACACUGAAGAAAUCUGAGUUGGAAGCCCCGGAGAGCUUCCCUCAAGGAUCCUUUUGGGACACUAUAAUGAAUGGGCCUUUUGACAAGCAGGAAGAGGAACCCUUUGAUUCUCUUCCAAGCUCCUAUCAGACUGUGUUCAGGGAGAUAAUCACCGAACUGGCCGCGCACCAUGAACUGCAAGAGGACAUGGAAAUGCCCCUGAAUAAGCUAAUGGAGAGCGAAAACAGGAAGAAGCUGGGACUCUUGUUGAAGAAAAAUUUUAACAAAUACAGAGAAACAAUUCUGUGGAUUAUGAAAAGACAUCACACAGACGAGGAAAUGCCCGAGACGACCACUACCGUUACAUACCUACUAUCAACUCUGAUACGGCCUGAGAAGCCAGACACAGAAAAGAUCCUAAGACAUAGCUCUACUCUCAGGAAGAAGUUAAAGCUAGAUACAGAAUGGACACAGGCAAAGAUGAAGGCACAUCGAGGUGACGGAAAAUUAAUUGCCUACCACAGUGGGAAGAAUUUCCACAUUCUUUUUCCUAAUGGCACGGGCCAGAUAUACUACCCGUCAGGGAACCUGGCUCUGCUCAUCGCCUGUAAUGGGCUCACCAAGGCCACAUACAUUGUUCUGGAAGACAGCACAGAAAAAAAGGUCCGAGGCCUUGUCACCAACUCUGGCCAUGCCACCUUCUACAAUGAGGAUGGAGGGAUCUGGUUGAGCCUGAGCAAACUCCUGGGCUACUACUUCCCCAAAGACAAGCAUCAGAAGGCCUGGAACUGGUGGAACCUGAGAUUCCAUGUGCACGCGCCCCCCAUCAUGAGCAUCACUUUGAAACUCAACAAGUACAUCCACGUACAAAUAAGGAGCCAGGACAAGGUCAUCUUCUGCUUCUUUGCCCCCAAACAGAAGAAGAUUUGCUUAAACAUGGGCACCAAGUUCAAGUUUGUAAACCUGAAACUGCUUCAAGCCAUGAAGAAGAAGACGGUCCUGGAGACAGGACCCGGCCCAACAUCGUGGAAGAUCCAGGCCCUUCUGGGUAAAAUAAGUAGGAGUCUGAACUUCCUGACCCUGCCAGACUUGGAACACUUCACAGAGGUCAUCCAGGCAGCGCUGAAUAGCCUCAGCAUGAGGAAAUCUCGAAUCUGGGUGUAGGACAGCCACCAAAUCGCCUGGGGCCUCCGCUGCAUGACCUCAGGGGCUGCAGGCCACCCACAGAGACCUGUUCAUGUCUUUGGAAGGUAGCUUGUAGUUCAGGACCUGUCCCAGCUCCUUUGUUGGGGGUCAAAGAGAGAAGGGUGUGGCUGGGCACAGGGAAGGCGUAGUGGUCGGCCCUGACCUAACAAGUUCUUGGAGACAUAUCAUCAUCUCAGUAGGUAACAUUGGCCACCACAUGCCCCCUUGCUACCAUCCCUGCAGUACAGAAAUUCUGCCGUGGCUGUCAGAACUUGCUUUCACUGAAGACAUAGAUCACCAAGCUCUGUCCAUUCUUGUCUGUGUGUCUUUGGGCAAGCAGAUUUAUUCCUUUAGUUUCUGUUUUCUGUAAAAUGGACCUAGAAAUAGUUCUGUGUGACAGAG